AAUAUAAAUUCGCUCAUCGAUAGAUUGAUUUUAGUGCAUCACUAGCUACAUUUCUAGAACUUGCAGAGAAAAGCCGAAAAAAAAACAAUAAAAUACAAAAAUUCAAUAAGCAAUAUGGUCGAUUAUAGCAAAUGGAAAAAUAUUGAGAUUUCGGACGAUGAGGACGAAACACACCCAAACAUCGACACGCCUUCGCUGUUUCGCUGGCGGCACCAGGCGCGCGUGGAGCGCAUGGCCGAGUCCGAGAAGGAAAAGGAGGAGCUGAAGAAGAAACGACAGAGCUAUCAGGCGCGACUGAUAAAUGUCAAGGAACUUAUCAGUAAAAAAGAAGGUGACGAAGUGGCACUGAAGAAAGAACUGGAAAAAAUUGAAAACGAGGGAAAGGAACUUGAUCGGCAAGAAAACGAGUUGCUGAAGCGAGAGAAGAAGGCGCCGUGGAAUGUCGACACAAUAAGCAAACCUGGCUUCGAGAAAACAGUUAUUAACAAAAAGCCACCACGCAAAGCGGCCGAGGACCUGACCGAAGAGGAGCGCGAGCAGCGCAUGAAACAGUUCGUCAAGGAUAACGAAAAGCUGUGCAAGCAGUAUGGCAUGUUGCGCAAGUACGAUGACUCCAAGCGUUUCCUGCAGGAGCACUUGGAUCUGGUGUGCGAGGAGACGGCAAACUAUUUGGUUAUCUGGUCAAUCAAUUUGGAAAUGGAGGAGAAACACGAUCUGAUGGCACAUGUGGCGCAUCAGUGCAUUUGCAUGCAGUACAUUCUGGAGCUGGCCAAGCAAUUGGAUGUGGAUCCGCGCGCCUGUGUUAGCUCGUUCUUCUCCAAAAUUCAACAAUGUGUGCCUGAAUACCGUCAGCAAUUCGAGAGCGAAAUUGAGGGCUUCAAGGAACGCAUCCAGAAGAGAGCACAGGAAAAGUUACAGGAGGCCAUGGCACAGCUGGAAGAGGAGGAGAAACAGGAGCGUAUGGGACCCGGCGGUCUGGAUCCCGCUGACGUUUUUGAAUCCCUGCCAGAGGAACUUAAAGCUUGCUUUGAAUCGCGUGACAUUGAGCUAUUGCAGAAGACUAUAGCGACCAUGCCGGUGGAUCAGGCCAAGUAUCACAUGAAACGUUGCGUCGACUCUGGCCUGUGGGUGCCAAAUGCCGCCGAUGUGCAACUGGGCAAUGAUGAGUCGGAGGCCAAAGAUGACGAGACGGCGACGGCGACAAAUGAAACGCCAACGGAGAAAGAGAAUUCCAAAUCGAAUAACGAUAAAAGUGCCGACGCUGCCAAGGAGGAGCCCUUAUAUGCUGGCGUUAGCACCGACGACGUUGACUGAUCCUUCAGCGCUGUUA